AUGGCUGGAGUGGGUGAUGGUAGUGGUGAGCUCCGUCCCUCCAUCUCGUCCUGCUCAUCGUACUCAUCGCCUCCAGGUCCCUCGUACAUUUCUGCCCAUUCGGCGGAUGUCAUCCUCUCCGACAUACGUCCUAUAAAGCUCAAGGUCGAAGCUUUGCGCGCCAUCAACGCUUUGCUCGAUGAAUUUUUGUCCAAGAUUCUGAGCACCUCUUGUUCUCUUGCCACAGACAAGCUGAGGGCGGGCCUGCUCACGUUACUCCCCACCAGUCUCGGAAAGGAAGCAUUGCUAGAAGCCGAAGUCGAACUACGAGCUUAUUGGGAGAGGACAGAUGUAAAGGUUGCUACAGAGGAUGAUGAUUCACGGACGUUCCAUUUUGAAUGGGCUUAUGAACUUUUACGGCAGAAGUGCGAGGCAUAUUCGACUUUAAAUGAAGAGGAUGAGGACCCUGCUGCCGAGGCUCGUAUUAAUGAACAGUUUGGGAAACUCCACCCUCACCCGCCUAGUAACGCCUUGUUGGAUCCAGCAGCGCUAUACCUGACAGCGAUCCUAGAGCAUAUCCUCUCUAAUGUUGGCCGAGUUGCCGCCCGUGAUAGCAGUCGAACCUUUGCCACAGUGAACGAUCUAUUUGUGGCCCUCUGUGAAGAUGAUUCAAUAUAUGGUCUCUUCAGAUUGAUGAAAAUUUACGAGCAGAUAGAAUUGCUGUCGAAGACCCCUAAAACACGGCGCAGCAAGUCCUUCUCACGAAGUGACCGACUAUCAAUAUCGCGGACAUCCUCUCCACAACACGAUCUCACUUCAGCAAAGUCGCGACCAUCCCUCGAAGGACAAACAUCAACCACGACGCCCUCUUCCGCUGCUGGCUCGCGGACAUCAGUUGAAAAGACAAGAGCGAUCAGAAUGUUCACGAAUGGGAAAUCUCUGGGCGACAUUGAAGCAGCACCUGGUGGUCACAAGAAGUCGGAGUCAUUAAAAAGCGAAAGUUUGAAAUCGUUUCCUGACAACGAGGGGCAGAAUCCUGCCGAAGAUGCGGCCAUGCUUCGCGAGUUCGACGAUUUAAUGCGCUCUGCAUCCACAAUGAAGGUUUCGCUGACUCCUGAUCGGCUAAAAACGAUGGAGAUGUACAAACAAGAAAAAGAUCAACGGAGCGCGACUCGGCGGCCAGGCACUCAUUUUUCUUCAAAUUCAGAACCGGAUAUCCCUCCUGCUUCUCGCCUCAAUUCCCAGCGCCAGCCUCUUCGCCACGUCGAUUCCAUCGUUGAGGACGACGAGGAGCACAGCAGUCCCACCCCGCGCACACGCAAACUGAGCACAACCGUACCCCCGGUGCCCCCUCUCAGCCCUGUUCUCCCAGCCAGAGCCAGGUCUAUCUCUACAUCCAGUGCCCUCCACGCAGCCUCCAGAAAGCCUCUUCGCAAUCCGUCUCUGUCAGCCGCCUCCUCUUCUUUCUCACAAUCCGACAAGGCAUCCAACAUGGUCCAAUCUAGAGACAUGCGCUAUGGCAAGCCCUCGGAAGGCAACGGAUUUCCUCCCCGCACACGCGUCAGACAGCGCAACAGGGACUCUAUGGACCUGGACGAUGUUAUGAACGGCUCCGACGAUGAUCAUGAACCAGACGUCCCUGUCCGGCAGCAGCCACAAUCUCCCCCGGGUGCCCGACGUGUGAACGCCCCCCCUAUAAAGCCUGCUGUUUCGGCAAAAACGCGAGAGUUGAUGGACUUUUUGGCAGAAGGCCCUCCUGAUUCAGGUCCCCCACCGGCACAUGUCUCUAAAAACGGAAGGGAACUUAUGGAUUUUCUCGCUGAUGGUCCACCAGACUUUGGAAAUAACGCAGCAACUGUAGAUCCUUUCAAGCCCAAGGGUGCAGGACGUCUGCAGAGGAUGAUAUCCAAGUUAAAUCUAGGAAAUGCAGAAAAGAUAAAAACAGGUUCGGAGGCACCCAAAACUCCACAUUCGACAACAAGUCCGAGAACACAGCAACCCCCGACACCAGUUCGCCCCAAUGGCAUCGCUACAAAGGCGUCCAUGGGAUCUUUAGCCAAUAGACCUAUUCCUCCUAGGCCUGCCCAACUCAUGCAACCUCCACCACCCCCCAUCUCGCCGCCUUCGUCUCCUCAUGAUUCAUCAGACGAAAAUAAAUCUAUGCGCAACCUACCUCGAAAACCACAUCACGAUACUAGCUUCUCUAGGGAUCCAUCUUUACACGAAAAAUCUAUUUCUGAAAGGGCAUCACCUGUAAUCCAACCAGCAUCUCCCAUUCCCCAAUCUCCGACCCCGAGGCCGGACAGCUACUCUAGAUCUACUCCUCCUAUGCGCAUGAAUGGUAACGGCACUGCAAGACAGGAUCGCGUUCCCAAGGAGGUCCUAUCGGACGCGCAACCUCUCGUUCCCGUCCGGACGACAUCUAUUCCUUCACCGACACGCAAGCCAGUACCAUCUGUGCUUUCGACAGGUCUUCCUGCCAUUCCCGAACCCGACGUUAGGGAUAUGCAACGCCUUUUGGCGAGCGCGACCACUGCAGAUGAAUGUCGUCUCAUCUUUGAUAUGUAUAUGGCGCGUAAUGGCAUUCCUCGCGUCCCAAAGCCAUCUACUGUCCCAUAUCCUUCCCCCUCUCCAUCCGUUGUCAAACACACACCUUAUGUCGAAGAAGCGACAGUGGAAAAUUCUCUUGUGGAACUUUUCCUUGGUGGUAUGACUGGACCAGAAGCUACAUCUGAGCUUCCCUAUUCUGAGGAUGGGGUGACUGAUGGAAUGCCAAUCCAGAAUGAUGGUUCUAUCGAUGCGAACACUCUUCACCAUGACAUUGUUUCUCCUGGAGUUUCUAUUACCCCAAGUCCUCAGACGAUACCUCUUCGUGCAUAA